GUUAAAUUCUGCACCCGCCAAAUACUUAAAACGAAACAGAGUAAUUGUUUUAACAGUAAUAUUCCUGUGUUAAUUAUUUACUCUACAAAUCACUAAGAUACAAACUGGUGCAUUAUGUUAAUAACAAUAUCAACUUUAGAAUCUAAUUUUUUGUUUCAUUAGACCUGUUUUCUAUGUGCAUUAAGUUUCCAUUAAACUAUAAUAUAUGAGAUAUUGGCAAAUCCAAUGCAGCUUUAAUUAUAGUGUUGUUGCCUUCCUAAAUGUUAGCCCCUACUACAGAUCCUCCUUAUUCGGGCCCUCUCAUAUUCUCACUCACAAACAAACGUACAGUAAGUAUAGUUGCAGCUCUUACAUCAAUAAAUACAAGUACAGCAUUGUCCCAAUUCAUUUCAAGCCCCAUACUUAAACAAUCUCAAAAACCCAAGUUUCAAAGUCUUUUAAUUUUUUGCUGGAGUGAAGUCAAGAUUUGCUUGUAGUUGCAAGGAUUUCAGUGCUGAACCUGAAAGAUUUGCCACAUUUUGACUUGGGUGAGUUCAAGAAUCAGCUCAAUUAGCAAAAAGAUUGAAUUUUUUAAUGUAAAUUAACAAAAAGAUUGAAUCUUUAGCUGUAAUAUCAUUGUAAAUGUAAUGUUUGCCUAAGUUUUGAGUUGGGUGAGUUCAAGAACUUGUUCAAAUAACAGAAAGACUGGAUCUUUAGCUGUAAUUUUAUUGUUCAGUGUAUAGUUGCAGCUCUUACAUCAUAAGUACAAGUACAGCAUUAUCCCAAUUCAUUGCAAGCCCCAUACUUCAAACAAUCUCAAAGACCUAAGUUCCAUAAUCUGUUUUUUUGCUGGGGUGAAGUCAAGAUUUGCUUGUAGUUGCAAGGAUUUCAGUGUUGACCCUUAAAGAUUUGCCUACAUUUUGAGUUGGGUGAGUUCAAGAACUUGUUCAGUGGCAGAAUGGAGACUCAGAAGGGUGAUAGUGAUACCAAGUCGAAGACAGAUGAUUAUGAGGUGAUAGAACAGUUGGGAAGAAGAGCUAUUGGAACUGCAUUUCUGGUUCUCCAUCGAACUGAGAAGAAGAAGUUUCGGAUAAGCAUUUCUGCAAAUUUGUUGAACUUGGCAUCUGCUUUACUAAUACAUUCCUUGGAGUUGUUCAUGUUCUGGUAUGUUCUGAAGAAGAUACCAUUUACGAAACAGACAGAAAAGUCCAAGCGCAGUGCCCAUCAGGAGGUCUUUCAACUGCUGUUCUUAAUUUUGUUCUCCGAAAUUUUUUUGUACUAUGAUUAAUUGAAAACCAAUACUAUUUUCUUCGAAGUUGCUGAAUUUUAAGUUGGUUGAUCACAAACUUUAGCCACCAAUGAAAUAUCCCCAUAUCUAUGACAUAAUCUAGCGGUUCAAAUCAGCAAUCUAGUCUUAGAUUGUCUACUUGAAUAGUUUUCCUUGUAGUUUCGAUAGCGAGCUAUACUAUAUGAGGUUUCCAUCAUAAAGAAUUUGAUAAACUGAUGUACUUAUUUUAUUCUGUCUCUUUUUUGACCCAUUUUCUUAGUGGUCUAGUGGUACUGACAAAUUCAAUGAUUAGUUAUUUGUGUUCACAUCUCUCCUAAUCAGCCUCAUCGUGGAUUAUCACUCUCAUACCACAUCAUUCUUCCUGUGCUAUUAACAGUUUGACAAUUAAUGCUGUCGCAUAUUUUGGAGGGGUGUUUUCCCAUGCUAAAUCUUAUUUCUUCGAGAAGUUUUUUCUAAAUAGUUGAAUCAUGGGAUAAAACUGCAAUUGUUUAGUAUGCUGGACUAUGUGAUCAUCCUGGCCAAUACAUUAAGAAAAUAAGUGGAGCAUCCUAUAAGUUCUAUUGUUGGAAACCUAUAAAUUUUGAACCGACAUACGUUUAAAUACAAAAUCGUCAACUC